CAAGCUUCCAAAGAGUAAUGUAACUGCGGUAAGCGCUUUAUUACGCCGCCAGAGUCCGGUUAAGCGCGUCAUGUCCACACAUAAUAUACGAUAUAGUGUAAGUAUUUGCUAAUGCAUGUGGCGAAUGAACCGGAGGACCGUACGGGAAAUUCAUCAGUCAGCUGGCUGGGAAAACCUCUCAUGCCAGCCGUCUUCCGGGGAUUGAGGGUCUGCAUCGGCUGACGUUGGUCUUGUGGCUCCGGAGGUGGGGAAAGGCGAACGAGCACAUCAUCGCCGACAUCCACCUCUCGAUUUUUUAGACACUUCCGAUAUGUCAAGAAAGCUACAACGGACGGAAAUCUGCGCUGACUGCAGUGCACCAGACCCUGGCUGGACCAGUAUCAACCGAGGGGUACUGAUCUGCGAUGAAUGCUGUUCAGUUCACCGCAGUUUAGGCCGCCACAUCUCCAUAGUCAAGCACUUGAGACACAGCGGAUGGCCGCCCGCAUUAAUGCAGAUGGUUCAAACAUUGGCCGGAAAUGGAGCCAAUUCCAUAUGGGAACACAGUCUUCUGGACCCUGCUCAGGUGCAGAGUGGCCGAAGAAAACCCAACCCACAGGACAAAGUCCAUCCCACAAAGUCAGAGUUUAUCAGAGCCAAAUACCAGAUGCUGGCCUUUGUGCACAAGCUACCCUGUCGCGACGAUGACGGUGUGACGACCAAGGACCUCAGCAAGCAACUUCACUCAAGUGUGCGGACAGGGAGUUUAGAGACGUGUCUUCGGCUGCUGUCUCUUGGCGCUCAGGCCAACUUUUUCCACCCAGAGAAGGGCACUACCCCACUGCAUGUAGCAGCCAAGGCAGGGCAGAUUUUACAAGCUGAAUUACUAGUGGUAUACGGCGCUGACCCUGGAGCCCCCGACAUCAAUGGACGCACUCCCAUGGAUUACGCCAGGCAGGCGGGUCACAUAGAGCUAGCAGAGCGCCUGGUCGAGUGUCAAUAUGAACUGACUGACAGGCUGGCAUUCUACCUGUGUGGCCGACGCCCGGAUCACAAGAAUGGCCAUUAUAUAAUUCCUCAAAUGGCAGACAGAGCUCGUCCUAAGUGCCCGACACAGAGUCUGGACCUUUCAGAACUAGCCAAGGCUGCCAAGAAGAAGCUACAAGCGCUGAAUAACCGGCUAUUUGAAGAGCUUGCAAUGGAUGUUUAUGACGAAGUGGACCGCAGAGAAAAUGAUGCAGUGUGGCUUACGACCCAAAACCACAGCACUCUGGUAACGGAACGAAGCGCUGUACCCUUUUUACCAGUCAACCCUGAGUACUCUGCCACACGAAACCAGGGCCGUCAAAAGCUGGCCCGUUUCAAUGCUCGGGAGUUUGCCACGCUCAUCAUAGACAUCCUGAGCGAUGCCAAAAGGAGACAGCAGGGGAAAGGUCUCAGCAGCCCAACUGACCCAUUGGACCUUGGCUUUGACGAUGACCAGCACGACUAUGACAGCGUAGCAUCUGAUGAAGACACAGACAGCGAGCUCACAACCCAAAAUAACAACAACACGCAACGCAGUAACCGUGCAAAGAGUAUGGACUCGUCAGAUUUGUCCGAUGGACCCAUCACGCUGCAGGAGUACCUGGAGGUAAAGAAAGCUCUGGCCUCCUCAGAAGCCAAGGUGCAGCAGCUAAUGAAAGUCAACAACAACCUCAGUGAGGAACUCAGGCGUCUCCAGAAAGAGAUCACACGGAUGCAGACAGAGAACAGCGUGCUGCGGGGGGGCCAGCAAGCUGGGGGAGCAGCUGGCCAUGGGGUUGGGGGCCCUGGUGGAGGAGGAACCUACUGGCCGGGAGGCGGGAUGCGAGGAGUAAUCGGUGGUGGGGUUAUGAGUGGAUUGGGGACAGGAGUUGAUGCCUCAGUGCUCACAGCACCCUCUUUAGCCACCCCUCAGUCCCAUCUCCAUCGGAGAGACCGCCAGGCUUUCUCCAUGUAUGAGCCUGGGGCCGCACCCAACCCCACGACCCAUGGUCCCCCAGCCCUGGACUCCCUGGCAGCCCGACUGCAACCCCUCAACACACCCAGCGUAAGGAAGGGUAGUACGGGUGGUUUAGCACCGUAUGGAGGCCAACAUUUGUCUGGGUCUACAGAGAUGGGCCGAUACAUGAUUUCUAAAUCAGAGAAGCACGGCAGUGGCACAGACAGCGAUUACGACAAUACACACACGUACGAACCCUCGAUUAGUAUGGGUCGCAGCAGCGAAGAGGAAGGGCGUGGGGAAGCUGAAGACAGAGGAGGUGGUGAGAUGGGCGAUCCAGACCCCACUUUACCAUGCACGGAGGAUGUCAUACUGAAGACUGAGCAGGUGACCAAAAACAUCCAGGAGCUUCUCAGGGCGGCUCAGGAGUUCAAACAUGACAGCUUUGUACCAUGUUCUGAGAAGAUCCACUCUGCUGUCACCGAGAUGGCCUCACUCUUCCCCAAACGCCCGGCCCUGGAUGCAGUCCACUGCUCGCUCCGCCUGUUGGCCUCCAGUGCCUCGCGGUUACAGGUGGAGUGCCGUAAAGCGGCGCCCACGGAACCGGGCGCACCUGCGGUGGACUACCAGCUCCUCACUCAGCAGGUCAUCCAGUGCGCCUACGACAUAGCCAAGGCUGCCAAGCAACUGGUCACCAUCACCACUCGUGAGAAGAAGCAGUGACUGUGUAAACGCACGGCAAGACGCUGAGGGAAGAGCUAAGACGGGACAGAAGAGGUCAAACAUGAUCGUACCAUAGGGGGAGGAGGAGUGACCAAGGGAGUGAUGGGUGCUGUAAGGAAAGAAUAGUUUGGACUAUGCAUGGGACGGGAGCGUUGAUGAUGGAAUGAGCACAGAGAAAGAUCCAAAGUGGGAACUACAGCCUGCAGAAUCAGAUGUGUAAGAUAAAUGGCUUUACGCGUGACGCAAACAAGAAAGCGUGGUGGUGGUGUACAGUACAGUGAAUUGCACCCUGAUGCCACCUUAUUUAUUCUCCCCCGUCGCUCGUCAUCCCCCCCCCCUUCAGCCAACAACUGGACCAACAAACAAAGAACAACAACUGUGACAGCUCAUUUUUAUCUUAGUGUGGACGAGGGCCUUGCCACUCUUCUUCUCUGGUUUGCUUUUGUAGAAGGGCUCCAGACUGUUGUUGGAGGUCCACAGCAUGUUCUGUCCGGCAUGUUUUUUUCUUUCCCCCUGCCUCCCCUCCUUUGAACGUGCAGAUUUGGGAUGAGUCUGCAUAUCUGAAAACUUACAAAACAACACUUAACACUGGAAUAAUUGUGAUUUUUAAUUAUUUUUUUUUUAUCAUGUCUAUUGUUUUUUGUAAUGAUAUUUUACUGACUUAUCUUGAUUUAAUUGUUUCUAUAUGUUUAUGUCAUUGUCUGACUUAUAUUUCUCAUGUAGUGGCACAGGGAGACAGUGUUUACUGGGAUUUAAGUUAAACCCAACCUGUGAACGGUCCUGAGAGUUUCUCAAGCCUUUCUUUCACUUUUACACGCAAUGGCCGAGGGGUUCGUCUGGUGCCAAAAAGACCAAAAACCCCUUGACCUUGAUCACAAUUUUAAAUGAAACCUCAUCUGUCACCUAAUGCUUUUAUUUAUUUUUUUGUUUUUUUAAAACUUGCCUCAUUUAACCGAGCCAGUGGAAUCAUCUCAGAAUUAGCCAUUGUGGAAUGAUGCAGCUCAUCAGCCCAUAACACAAGCGACACACUUUUCAUCAUAUGUAUGGCAUUUGUUCAUUUGUCAUGAUGACAUCUGUAGACAGCCUGGCGAGCAUGAUCAAGCCCAUGUUUUGUUUUUUUGUUCUCUUUUUCAUGGAGUCUAUGUCACGGCCUGCUGAUUUGGUCCUCAUGUCAUGUCCCUCUCAGUCUCAAAUGCAUAGAAAGACACUUGGUCAAAGCUGGUUGAAUAGUGCCAAAGACAGAGUGCAGAUGGGCAUCGAACAAGCCCUCUUUUUGUUUAAACUCAUCCGCUGCUUUCUCAUACUCAAAAAUCAGUUAGACCUCCCUGGUGUUUUUUUUUUUUUGUCUUAUAAAAUUUUUUAGCCUUGCAAAAUCCCAAGCACUUUGAAGAGAUGGACCAUCUUCAGCACUUCUCUGGCCAUUUCCGUGAUGUUUUUUGGUUUUUUGCUCGUUCAAAACAAAACCAUGCUCUCAAAAAAGCAACUGCAAUGUAUCAUUGCUUGAUAUUGAAUGCCUUUGCACAUGAUUCUCUCCUGUUUGACUGGCUGCAAUGGUCUGCUGAAACAAAAAAUACUUCCAACUUCAUCAUCAUAAUGAAUAUAUAUUUUCAUGCUAUAUUUUAUAUUAAACUACAUGUUAGGGCUGUGUCUGUGAGAUAUUUACGUGUACUUGUUGGCCCAAGUGAGCAUCAGGCUGAGUUCUAUUCACCGAGCAUCCAGUUCAGUUAGGCCUUGAGAGAGUGCUUACACGGCGGCAUUGCUCUACUACAAGUUUGAUCUAGCAAGUAGGUCGUGCUGUUAGUUGCACUAUUUUAUUUUAUUUUUUUCUAAGCACCAGCGGGAUGAAGUAGCAUCUUCUCUACAGUGUGUACUACACUCUCCUAAAGGUCAUAGUUCAAGUGCAUUAGGCGCUGGAUGCAAGGGCUGCCACAAGAGGCAGUGUGAAACUUGGGUUCAGCAUUGCAGUCAUCUCAAAAUGGCGGUGGGAGGGGUCCAGUGCACACGACCCCUCUCCACUCAAGUUUAGUGGACCCCGAGUAGGGUGUCACUUGUGUGAAUGUUAACUGCUUCAGUCUCAUCAUGCCCAAAACUUUUUUUUUUACUGUCUCCAUUUUACACUAAUGUCAUCGGCUGGACCAAGCCUUCCAUAAGCCAGUGAUUUGUUUGACUCCACCCACAUUCUCAACCACUGGUGGUGCACUGUGGCCUGUUACGUUGCUGUCCUUACGUUUCUCCUGCAGCCCUACUUUUUGGGAGAUGGGUGAUGGGAGAUACCUUUUAACAAAAAAACACUAAAAACUGUAAAGUAGAGACAGAGAACAAUGACUUGAAAAGGUCACUUGUAAUGGAAACUCAUAAGCUGUACAUUUGUAAUAAAAUAAUAAAAACAAGUUAA